AAUGGAGCAGGAGCACCAAACCGACUCUCAUUAUUGCGGGGAGGCCGACGGUCCGAGCUGGCAGCCGAGGCUCGCUGCCAGACACAUUGCAGGUCAGGUGACCGGCACGUGGCCUUGUUUGUCCUGUUUGCAGGAACCGCCGAUCUUCGACUCACCAAAAGUCCGUGACACUGGUGGGCCGAUGGAAGUCCGCGGGCUCUGAUAUCAAGUUCAAUGCACAAGAAGAACGCCGCAUGUGUCACUGCUCGUCGGAUUAGCAAUUGGCACCGAAAAAGUCAGCCUUGCAAUACCAAAAACUGAGCACACAAUUCACUGUAUCCAUCGAAAACCGCAUCUCCAUCCAGACCAUACACCUCUCUAACAGAACGCUAUUCCAUCACAUCAAUUCACAAUGUCAGCCAUCCUGCGCAGAUUACAAGGGGGCAACCUCGAAGUCUUCAAGUUCGGCAUGUAUGUCAUCUUCCCCAUCGGCUGGAUGUACUACUUCGGCACAAACCUCGACGAGCGAUUCAGCGUACCGGGUUUCUGGCCCACCGCCGAGCAAUCGCACAAGAUCCCACUCGAGAAGGAAGAGAUUGACCGGGAGCUGGCUCGGAUGAGGACGGUAGAUGCGGUCCGGCGUGAGCGACGGUUGCAGCGGGAGGCGAUGGAGGCGCAGGCGCAGGCACAAGUAGCUGCGCAGGCUGAGACUGCCGAGUGAAAUUCGUAUGAGGGGAUGAUAUAUACCACGUGUGGGAUUUGAUUAUCCGGACGAGGACCUUGGGUCUUAUAAACCGGAGGCUGCUAAGCUGGAAAAUGGAAGGGAAGAAAAAGCAUAAAGGCGUUCUGCGGGGUUCAGAAUGGCCGGACAUGUGUCAUGGCAAAAUGGCCAGAGUGGCAGUGACACAUGUACGAUGUAUGAUUGCCAUUUUGUAUAACACUCUUCUCUGGGCAUAUCAGGAGUUUCGUCUUGUUCUCUAUACAAUAAAGUUUUUAUCUCGUUAAUUGGCUGAGUCCACCUGGCUUGCUUACACGAUACUGCCUUUUCGUUUUACUGCAUUGGAUUGGACAAGUCGUAGCACCUUCGCCUCCUCUGCUUACAGACCAAGCGUCUCCAUGCUGGGCACAAAUAUAC